AUGACACAUGUAGAAGACAAAAUCAAGUCUGCACUUGGUGUCACCAUACUCAAGGACGGCUGGAUGAACAACUGCGUCGUGAUGAAUACAGGUGUGAGCCAGGACGAAGUAAAAGAGAUACUCAGGUUGCACAAUGACUACCGACAAAAAGCUGCCCAGGGACUGAUUCGAAACCUUCCCGCCGCUGCCGACAUGAUGGAACUGGUAUGGGACAGAGAGCUCGCCACCAUCGCGCAGGCACAUAGCUCCCAAUGCCAGUUCAAGCACGACUGCCUCGACUGCCGCAAAGUUCCCAGAUUCGCCACGGGCCAGAACAUGUUCAGGUUCAAGACCAAUGAUCCUAACCCGGAUGAGCCGAGUGAUUGGGAAAGCGCCAUUACCUCCUGGGAAGAAAAAGAGGAGCAGUUUUUUGACCCAUCGGAAGUGAAGAAGCUCAGAGCAAAGAGCGACAAAGCCGCCCACCUGUCACAGGUUCUAUGGGCUAAAUCUGUUUACCUGGGAUGCGGACAGACAAAGUACAAGUUCAAAGGUGAAAAGCAUUAUCAGAAACUCUUCACUUGCAUCUACGGACCACAGUGA